AUGUGGCAAAUAACUGCAGUCAUCGAGCUGAGCCUAGUGUUUCUGGCUUCAGGUCAACACACAACGCCGAUUGUCAACAUCCAAGGGCUAGGAUCCGUGCAGGGUUCAAUAGGUCAAACUGCUUGGCGGAACAAAAUAAUUUACCAAUUUCAGGCGAUUCCAUACGUUGAACCUCCAACGGGAAACCGUAGGUUUCAGCCUCCGAUAAAGAAGAUCGCAUGGACUGGCAUACUUGACGCAUCGAAACCGGGGAUCCACUGCCCCCAGCUAACCGGAAACGAUAACGGAAAUGUUGACAAUGAGGAUUGCCUGACCUUAUCAGUGUAUUCGGCUGAUCUGGAUGCAGUUCGACCCGUAUUGGUGUUCAUCCCCGGUGGAUGGUUCCAUCAGGGCGGAGCCAGUCACCACACUCCGAAAUUUCUAUUAGAAGCUAACAUUGUUUUAGUAGUGAUUCAAUCCCGCCUCGGUCCCUUAGGGUUCCUCUCCACUUUGAGCGAAAAAAUUCCGGGAAACGUAGGAAUUCUGGAUGCUGUCGCCGCCCUAGAAUGGACACAGCAGUAUAUCAGCCACUUUGGAGGUGAUGCCAGUAAGGUCACAAUCUACGGUCAGUCGGCAGGCGCAGCAGCCGUUUCAGCAAUGCUUCACAGUCCUUUGGUGCAGAAUCGACCCACGCGUCUGUUUCGGAGUGCAAUCCUGCAGUCCGGUUCCAUUUUCAGUCCAUGGGCAUUGUGUGAAACUCCCGUUGAAUCAGCACUGGAUAUUGCCAGUCGCCUAGGGUGCACCAACAUCGGUACAAUGGAAGAUUGUCUCAUGCGAGUGCCGGUUCGGAGUCUUCUCACUGCAUUCGACGCUCAUCGUAAUGAAACGAUCAUACGCCGGGGUUAUCCUUAUGUAGGCGGUACAAGCGUUGUCGUUGGAGGUCCCUCGGGACUGUUCCCGAAGCAUCCCAGACACUACCUUUGGAAUGCGUCUGCAGCAAUAGCGCUCAUGGGAGGGACCACUUCGCAGGAUGGGCUGUUUUUGCUGAACGAAAUUUGCCGUUUGCAACCGGGGCUGCCGGAAUCUUUGAAUGAUUCAUCAAGCUUGCUGUCAUUUAUUAGGCUACUGCACGAGAAAUUCGGGCAGACAAAACUGGAUGGUGUUUUAGAGGGAAACAACAUUCUGGAGCAUUUCAGUUUGGCACAGAUUGACCAGGCUAGGUGGAAUGAUCUGGUUUUGGGUUUCGUUGAUAUUUGUGGUAAUCACGGCAUAAAAGGUCCAGUGCUGACGGACAUUCAUGCAUUUUCCGAGGUGAAUCCAGCCAAUGUCUACCUUUACAGUUUUGAUUACUUCAAACAGGGACAAAAGAAAAGCCUAAGUUUUCUAUUUCCUUAUGAAGGGGCAGUUGAUCAUAGUGAUGAUUUGAGGCUCAUAUUUCCGACUGAAGAACUGAAUCAAGAAGAAACCAAACUAGCGAAGACGAUUGUGCGGCUGUGGACUUCGUUCGUCAUCAAUGGAGUUCCGAUAGCGAAAGAUGUUUCCUAUUGGCCACCGGCAAACAGAUUAUAUGGACCGUAUCUUAAAAUUGACAAAGAAAGCAAACAAAAUAGUUACUAUCUUAAAGAAUUUUCGGCCACAAGCACAAGAUUGGGUCAGUCCAGUUCCGGAUGUGGACGAUACACGGGGUCUACAAUUCUAUUGCUACUGAUUCUAUUUGUACGAGCAUUUGUUUAA